AAUAACUACGUUUCAUUAGAAACUUUCUACCUACGUAAGAAUUCUUUCCACUCCCUUACCAAGCCUCACAAAGUCUCAGUCUCGAGUCUGACCACGUACGUCCCUCAUCUACUUCUACUUCCUUCGUUCUCCCAUCUAUACACUUCUCCCAGGACCACGUCACGUUUCACCCCACAGGAUAAACCAUCGAUUUAGCAAGCCAUGUUACCGCUAGCUGGUCUGGUUACUGCCAGAGCCCACAUUUCCAUGGAGUUUAUCCCAGCGACCGCGGCCGAUCAAUACUCGAACCCGUCGCGUCGAGAGGAGCGUCGAAGCGUGGUGGGUGCUGGCCUUCAGAGGAUCGUGCACGCGUCUCGACGUUUACCACGGACGUUCCUGCGAACAUGUCGCGAGGGGAACGAUAGCGUCGUGUCCGUCGAGGAAAAUGUCGCCGUAUUUUCGGCCCUGUUUCGUCUGCCAGAGGCAUGAGUGAGGCGAAGGCGGAUUAGACCACGACCCCAAGCGCGUAGGAACGCCGAGCCGACUGUUUGCAACGAGUUCCACGGGUCUCGACGUGGCGACGCUCCCCCGGAACGUCAAACCGAGAAGAUGAAGAGGCAGAAUGUCAGGACCCUGUCCCUGGUGGUGUGCACGUUCACGUAUUUGUUGAUCGGGGCUGCGGUGUUCGACGCGCUCGAGUCGAACACAGAGAGGAAGCGUUGGGAGUUCCUCUCGGAGGUUCGUCGGAGCAUGAUGAAGAAGUACAACAUCACGCAGGAGGAUUACAGAAUGCUGGAGAUCGUCAUAAUAGAGAACAAACCACACAAGGCGGGUCCACAAUGGAAAUUCGCGGGUGCCUUCUAUUUCGCGACGCUUGUACUUGCUAUGAUAGGCUAUGGACACUCGACGCCAGUCACCAUAGGUGGCAAAGCGUUUUGCAUGGCGUACGCCAUGGUGGGCAUCCCCUUGGGUCUGGUGAUGUUCCAGAGCAUCGGUGAACGUUUGAACAAGUUUGCAUCAGUCGUCAUCAAGCGUGCCAAAACGUAUAUGAGAUGCAAAAAAACGGAGGCGACAGAGAUGAAUCUCAUGCUUGCUACGGGUAUGCUUUCGAGCAUAAUCAUCACAACUGGAGCUGCCGUGUUUUCGCGUUACGAGGGCUGGAGCUACUUCGAUAGCUUCUAUUACUGCUUUGUAACGCUCACCACCAUAGGUUUUGGCGAUUACGUCGCUCUUCAGAAUGACCAUGCUCUUUCCAAUAAACCAGGAUACGUGGCCUUAAGUUUAGUCUUCAUUCUAUUCGGCCUGGCCGUCGUCGCUGCCAGCAUAAACUUGCUUGUGCUUCGUUUCAUGACAAUGAACACAGGGGACGCUCGUCGCGAGGACAACGAGCUUCAGCCAGCUUCUCAUCAUGUUUUGACCUUGGAUGGGGAGGUGGUCGCCGUUAAUGGAAAGCUAUUGGCGGGUCACAUACCCAUAGUCCACGACACGGACGACUGCGUGAGCGUGUGCUCGUGCACGUGCCUGAGACCAGCUAAUUCCGAAUUACUGGACCAAGGAUACCAAGGCUACAGGCCACCGACCUCCGCCAGCCUUCGCGUGAAACGCGCAUCCGUCUGAUGGAAGGAGUUUCGUCGUCGCAGUUUACGUCGUCGACUGUCGAGGGCCGACAGCAGGGAGCUGCUCGGCAUCGACGUGUAAAAUCGGCUCGAAACGGAAGCGCUAAGGGUCUACAGUAGGUAGAAUGGUAGAUCAGUUCAGGAUUAAAAGAAAUAUACGCGAGUUAGUAGAAUGUGUACGACCAGUCUAGAAUUUUGAGGGGUGAUUCUGUAUACUAAAAAAAGACGAAAGCGAAGAGUGAUGAAGCCUGAAACGUAAAUUUAUCAUUCUUUAUUUUCGUUUUAUUUUUGCAUGUAGAAUUGUCCGUUAAAGUUUCAAACUUGAGAUACAACUCUUUCCAGGACUGAUCUUUCUAUCUCCUCGUAAUACUGCCCCCGAGGAAGCAAGUAAAAACAAAAGGAGUUCACAAUGACUCGUACAGAUUUUUGCGGAGUAAUUCGCGGGACUGGUAUCCGUAACUGUGUUCUUAGGAUUUACCUUGAAGCGCUCAAGGACACGUUCGCGCACGUUCGUUGAUUUUCGAAGACGUAUUUUGAAAGAAACUCGAGCUCCUUAUCAACCAGAGGUGAUCAAUAUUUUAUUCUGAAAAUAUAUUCGACCUGACAGGUAUUCAGUUCGAUAUGAUACAAUUUUAUUUUUAUCUUUAUUUAAUAAAUAGAGAUAAAACAUAUAUACAGGCACUCUAUUAAAUAAGGUUAAAGGCAAGGCUCAACUAACAAGGCUGUUCUACAUCUUAACUAAAUUUGAUUUUUUAACGAACAUGUAACAGAGCAAAAGUAGUUAAUGUUUUACUCGUUAUUCGAAACAUUUUAUCUAGAUUAAAAUUCUGAUUAUCUCUGGUUUCGAUGGGGACGAUUUUAGGGUCGCCGUUGAAGCACAAGUUACUUAAUCCACGUUGUAAUAUAAGAACUAAUAUGCGUAGAACCAGAUGCCGAGAGAAUAUUUCAUAGAGCGAGUUUGUAGGCGAUUUUGUAACGAUUUCGUACAUUUCAUAUCGUUCCAAGUACCGGCUGUUUCGACGCGCUUAGGUGAAUUCGGAGUGCUGCUGCGUUACGAGUCUAGCGUUGACAAAGUUCUAGGAUAAUUGUUGUACCGCAGACCGUAGUCGAAUUUGUUCAAAAACUGGGAUUGCAUUCGUGAUUUACAGGAUUAUUUUGUUGCAAGUACGUUAAAAGAUUUAAAACAUUGUUCAAAAUUGAUUUCAAGUAAAAAUACGAUAGAGCAACUUGAAAUAAUAUUUUUUUCUUCUGUUGUUUGUUCUUUUAAUUUGGAAAUUAACAAUGUGAUUGUUCGCGAUAUUUAUUCGCUCAUCUAUGAAUUUUACUGUUUUUUUUUUUCAAUUGUGAUUGUCUUAUCGAACUUGUUGGACACUGUGUAUUUAUGAUUUAUAUAAAUGGACGAUAGAUGUGCAAACUAUUAAUAAAAUAUAUUUCUUAUACUACUUUCUAUCUUUCUUUAAAUCAUUAUAUUGAAUCAGAAUAUUUCUAAUUUUAUCUUGGAUAAAAUUUAUAAACGCUUACAAAAUACAUUUCAUUUAUUCAUUGUUUAAUUCAGUUUCUGUCACCAAAAACAAAAAUUGAGCUUGGCUGCACAUUCAAGCUGCGAAUAUUCAACUAAACAUUGAACAUUACAUACAUCACAAUGUAUUAGUUAACAACAAAUUUUAAAGCAAAAUAAUAAUAGAAUUUUCGAUCUAAUUUCUGUGAAGAACGAAGCAAUCCCGUGAAGAUCGAAUUGGUACGAGAUUCAGAGGGUCUCACACUAAUUAUUUAUACGUAUAUAUGGAAUAUACAUACAACAAUAGCCUGGCCUCGAUAGAGUGAUUGUUAAACAUAUACAAUUCGAUGUUUGUAUCAGUAGACGUAACACGAAAGUCAUCGUAACGCCGUGAAAAAUAUUUGUGUAAUCGUCGAUCGAUUAGGGACGUCGAUCCUAGGGGUUAGCGCCAUUUUGUAGCGAAAGAACGCUGCUCAGACGACGCCAAUUUUUAUAGUAAGCAAACGACGGAGAACAAACAUUAGAAGGUCGUAUUUUUUUAACCAAUUAGAGGAUAAAUAUCGAACAACAAACAGGAAUAUCCGGGAAGACUGAUAGUUGAUGAUAAAUUAACUGGGGUAGUCAUUUUUUUAACGCAAACCAUUCUCUAGCGCUUAUCAACCCUCCAACGAAUUCAAUUUCGAAUCUUUCAACAGAGGAUCACAGGAUCUACAAUUUGUAGAAAUUAUUUCAAUUUAAAGAUCUAAACAUUUACGAAAGAAUUCACGCUCUUGUCUUUAAUUAUUCCGAGCUUAAAGAAAAUCUAAAAAAUUUCAAAUUUAGGUAAAGCAUGAUGUUUUAAUACUUCCGAUCACUUUAACGCGCUUCUGCACAGUGCGAUAAUCUUUGAAUCACACUGACUAAGAACAAGUUAGAGGGUUAGCAGACCUAUUUCGUUUCGUUCAAAAUUUUAGCUCAAUAUCGACAUUUAUUUGUCUCAACCGAAGUUAACUAAUUUGUCAAUCACGCGACACACGCACAAAUGGUCCACGUUUAUCCUCCGAAAAAAAUGUCAACGAGCCAAUUGUCACGGUAUGCACUGUAAAUACAAGUAAUAGAACGCACCCGUUUGUAUACUUGUACCCUAGUUGAUAGACGUUCAUUGAAUUGCAACGAUGGGACGCGAUUGGGUAUAUUUUUUAUCGUCGAGAGUUUUUUAAUAAACGACAGUUCACUAUUUUCUGCUCUACAUUUAUUUCCACCCUGUCUAAUCAAUCUAAUCGAUCACGAAUUUGCCAACUUCACGCAUAAUUUCAAAACAUGUUGGACAUUCAUAAUUUUAAUUUAAAGAACACGACACGAAGAACAGAAAGAUAAAAGCAUACUUCAAGGUACCAAGAAGAGUUCUUAUUACACUACCAAAACUAUAAUACCUUCAAGUUUCUUGUAACGAUUUCAAUUUUUAAUUUUCGUUUCCACGAAUCAUUGAAUCAAGGUUAAAGAACCAAGGAAAUUUGAAUCAUGAAAGAACACGUAUGUGGAUUACCUAAGAAUCGGGAAGAUUUUCACCACCUCGACUCCAAGAUAAAUAUAAAGGAUCACACGUUUAAUAGAGUGUUGACGAAUCUGUUCAAGAUCAGUGAAAACUCGCCAAGAUCGAAAAUAUUCUUAGACAGCCUGGCUGCCGUGUCCGUUGAGAGCAGGAGGCACGCUGCUCUCAAAUACUCGUGGAUCAUUCACCCCUUUAGUCUCUUUAGGUAUUCGAUUCCCGCGCGAACAUGAAUUCUAUAUUUACGCGCAUGAUGUAAGCUACCGUUUCCUCGUAACGUAUAUUUAGCUAACUGAGUAGAUAGAACAAUGAAAGGAAUGUUCGGAUCUAUUAUGCUAGCUUGUUGGAUGUUCUAUGAUCUAUUUAUUGCUGGCAGUUUGGUUGGACAAAUAUUUUAUCCAACCUCGGAUUUUAAUAAAAUAUUACCACUAAAUUUGAUUUGAAGCGCAAA